GGCAACAAGGGGUCGCAUGAUGAGGGCAACAAGGGGUCGCAUGAUGAGGGCAACAAGGGGUCGCAUGAUGAGGGCAACAAGGGGUCGCAUGAUGAGGGCAACAAGGGGUCGCAUGAUGAGGGCAACAAGGGGUCGCAUGAUGAGGGCAACAAGGGGUCGCAUGAUGAGGGCAACAAGGGGUCGCAUGAUGAGGGCAACAAGGGGUCGCAUGAUGAGGGCAACAAGGGGUCGCAUGAUGAGGGCAACAAGGGGUCGCAUGAUGAGGGCAACAAGGGGUCGCAUGAUGAGGGCAACAAGGGGUCGCAUGAUGAGGGCAACAAGGGGUCGCAUGAUGAGGGCAACAAGGGGUCGCAUGAUGAGGGCAACAAGGGGUCGCAUGAUGAGGGCAACAAGGGGUCGCAUGAUGAGGGCAACAAGGGGUCGCAUGAUGAGGGCAACAAGGGGUCGCAUGAUGAGGGCAACAAGGGGUCGCAUGAUGAGGGCAACAAGGGGUCGCAUGAUGAGGGCAACAAGGGGUCGCAUGAUGAGGGCAACAAGGGGUCGCAUGAUGAGGGCAACAAGGGGUCGCAUGAUGAGGGCAACAAGGGGUCGCAUGAUGAGGGCAACAAGGGGUCGCAUGAUGAGGGCAACAAGGGGUCGCAUGAUGAGGGCAACAAGGGGUCGCAUGAUGAGGGCAACAAGGGGUCGCAUGAUGAGGGCAACAAGGGGUCGCAUGAUGAGGGCAACAAGGGGUCGCAUGAUGAGGGCAACAAGGGGUCGCAUGAUGAGGGCAACAAGGGGUCGCAUGAUGAGGGCAACAAGGGGUCGCAUGAUGAGGGCAACAAGGGGUCGCAUGAUGAGGGCAACAAGGGGUCGCAUGAUGAGGGCAACAAGGGGUCGCAUGAUGAGGGCAACAAGGGGUCGCAUGAUGAGGGCAACAAGGGGUCGCAUGAUGAGGGCAACAAGGGGUCGCAUGAUGAGGGCAACAAGGGGUCGCAUGAUGAGGGCAACAAGGGGUCGCAUGAUGAGGGCAACAAGGGGUCGCAUGAUGAGGGCAACAAGGGGUCGCAUGAUGAGGGCAACAAGGGGUCGCAUGAUGAGGGCAACAAGGGGUCGCAUGAUGAGGGCAACAAGGGGUCGCAUGAUGAGGGCAACAAGGGGUCGCAUGAUGAGGGCAACAAGGGGUCGCAUGAUGAGGGCAACAAGGGGUCGCAUGAUGAGGGCAACAAGGGGUCGCAUGAUGAGGGCAACAAGGGGUCGCAUGAUGAGGGCAACAAGGGGUCGCAUGAUGAGGGCAACAAGGGGUCGCAUGAUGAGGGCAACAAGGGGUCGCAUGAUGAGGGCAACAAGGGGUCGCAUGAUGAGGGCAACAAGGGGUCGCAUGAUGAGGGCAACAAGGGGUCGCAUGAUGAGGGCAACAAGGGGUCGCAUGAUGAGGGCAACAAGGGGUCGCAUGAUGAGGGCAACAAGGGGUCGCAUGAUGAGGGCAACAAGGGGUCGCAUGAUGAGGGCAACAAGGGGUCGCAUGAUGAGGGCAACAAGGGGUCGCAUGAUGAGGGCAACAAGGGGUCGCAUGAUGAGGGCAACAAGGGGUCGCAUGAUGAGGGCAACAAGGGGUCGCAUGAUGAGGGCAACAAGGGGUCGCAUGAUGAGGGCAACAAGGGGUCGCAUGAUGAGGGCAACAAGGGGUCGCAUGAUGAGGGCAACAAGGGGUCGCAUGAUGAGGGCAACAAGGGGUCGCAUGAUGAGGGCAACAAGGGGUCGCAUGAUGAGGGCAACAAGGGGUCGCAUGAUGAGGGCAACAAGGGGUCGCAUGAUGAGGGCAACAAGGGGUCGCAUGAUGAGGGCAACAAGGGGUCGCAUGAUGAGGGCAACAAGGGGUCGCAUGAUGAGGGCAACAAGGGGUCGCAUGAUGAGGGCAACAAGGGGUCGCAUGAUGAGGGCAACAAGGGGUCGCAUGAUGAGGGCAACAAGGGGUCGCAUGAUGAGGGCAACAAGGGGUCGCAUGAUGAGGGCAACAAGGGGUCGCAUGAUGAGGGCAACAAGGGGUCGCAUGAUGAGGGCAACAAGGGGUCGCAUGAUGAGGGCAACAAGGGGUCGCAUGAUGAGGGCAACAAGGGGUCGCAUGAUGAGGGCAACAAGGGGUCGCAUGAUGAGGGCAACAAGGGGUCGCAUGAUGAGGGCAACAAGGGGUCGCAUGAUGAGGGCAACAAGGGGUCGCAUGAUGAGGGCAACAAGGGGUCGCAUGAUGAGGGCAACAAGGGGUCGCAUGAUGAGGGCAACAAGGGGUCGCAUGAUGAGGGCAACAAGGGGUCGCAUGAUGAGGGCAACAAGGGGUCGCAUGAUGAGGGCAACAAGGGGUCGCAUGAUGAGGGCAACAAGGGGUCGCAUGAUGAGGGCAACAAGGGGUCGCAUGAUGAGGGCAACAAGGGGUCGCAUGAUGAGGGCAACAAGGGGUCGCAUGAUGAGGGCAACAAGGGGUCGCAUGAUGAGGGCAACAAGGGGUCGCAUGAUGAGGGCAACAAGGGGUCGCAUGAUGAGGGCAACAAGGGGUCGCAUGAUGAGGGCAACAAGGGGUCGCAUGAUGAGGGCAACAAGGGGUCGCAUGAUGAGGGCAACAAGGGGUCGCAUGAUGAGGGCAACAAGGGGUCGCAUGAUGAGGGCAACAAGGGGUCGCAUGAUGAGGGCAACAAGGGGUCGCAUGAUGAGGGCAACAAGGGGUCGCAUGAUGAGGGCAACAAGGGGUCGCAUGAUGAGGGCAACAAGGGGUCGCAUGAUGAGGGCAACAAGGGGUCGCAUGAUGAGGGCAACAAGGGGUCGCAUGAUGAGGGCAACAAGGGGUCGCAUGAUGAGGGCAACAAGGGGUCGCAUGAUGAGGGCAACAAGGGGUCGCAUGAUGAGGGCAACAAGGGGUCGCAUGAUGAGGGCAACAAGGGGUCGCAUGAUGAGGGCAACAAGGGGUCGCAUGAUGAGGGCAACAAGGGGUCGCAUGAUGAGGGCAACAAGGGGUCGCAUGAUGAGGGCAACAAGGGGUCGCAUGAUGAGGGCAACAAGGGGUCGCAUGAUGAGGGCAACAAGGGGUCGCAUGAUGAGGGCAACAAGGGGUCGCAUGAUGAGGGCAACAAGGGGUCGCAUGAUGAGGGCAACAAGGGGUCGCAUGAUGAGGGCAACAAGGGGUCGCAUGAUGAGGGCAACAAGGGGUCGCAUGAUGAGGGCAACAAGGGGUCGCAUGAUGAGGGCAACAAGGGGUCGCAUGAUGAGGGCAACAAGGGGUCGCAUGAUGAGGGCAACAAGGGGUCGCAUGAUGAGGGCAACAAGGGGUCGCAUGAUGAGGGCAACAAGGGGUCGCAUGAUGAGGGCAACAAGGGGUCGCAUGAUGAGGGCAACAAGGGGUCGCAUGAUGAGGGCAACAAGGGGUCGCAUGAUGAGGGCAACAAGGGGUCGCAUGAUGAGGGCAACAAGGGGUCGCAUGAUGAGGGCAACAAGGGGUCGCAUGAUGAGGGCAACAAGGGUCGCAUGAUGAGGGCAACAAGGGGGCAACAAGGGUCGCAUGAUGAGGGCAACAAGGGGUCGCAUGAUGAGGGCAACAAGGGGUCGCAUGAUGAGGGCAACAAGGGGUCGCAUGAUGAGGGCAACAAGGGGUCGCAUGAUGAGGGCAACAAGGGGUCGCAUGAUGAGGGCAACAAGGGGUCGCAUGAUGAGGGCAACAAGGGGUCGCAUGAUGAGGGCAACAAGGGGUCGCAUGAUGAGGGCAACAAGGGGUCGCAUGAUGAGGGCAACAAGGGGUCGCAUGAUGAGGGCAAGAAGGGGUCGCAUGAUGAGGGCAAGAAGGGGUCGCAUGAUGAGGGCAAGAAGGGGUCGCAUGAUGAGGGCAAGAAGGGGUCGCAUGAUGAGGGCAAGAAGGGGUCGCAUGAUGAGGGCAAGAAGGGGUCGCAUGAUGAGGGCAACAAGGGGUCGCAUGAUGAGGGCAACAAGGGGUCGCAUGAUGAGGGCAAGAAGGGGUCGCAUGAUGAGGGCAAGAAGGGGUCGCAUGAUGAGGGCAACAAGGGGUCGCAUGAUGAGGGCAACACGGGGUCGCAUGAUGAGGGCAACACGGGGUCGCAGGGGGGCGGGGAGUUGUUGAACGGAGGCAAGGAGGGGUGGACGGGAGGGGAACCGGCGCGGACCAGCAGGCCUAGCGAGGUUACCUUGAGAAUAUAUGAGGCGUGGGCGGCCGCCUAUGGGCUGGCCGGGGACUCCCCCCAUCCCCCCCCCUCGAUCCAUCUGCCCUCCCACCUGCCCCCCGCGCCCCACCUGCACGACUGUGCUGCGCGCUCUGCCUUCCGCCGCGCCAGUGAGCAGCGCGGGCGCAAGGGGCAGGCGCCACGAUGGGCGGACGCGAUGGCGCAGCAGUGUGAGGGCAUCCCGCAACCGCCCUGGGUGCGCGGGUCGGAGGCGGGCAAUCUGGGCGGCACGCGGGCGGCGCAGAGGGACCUGUGGGAGCACCAGUUCCCGUCGGACCAGUGCCGCGGCCGCCGCCUGCUGCUCGUGCACUGGCCCCCGCUGCCCCCCGCGCUCAACCGCACCUGGUGGGGUAUAGGGGAGGGGGCGGAAGGGGAGGGGGAGGGGGAGGGGGAGGGGGUGGGGGAGUGGGUGGCGGGGGCGGUGGAGGCGAUGGGGGAGGCGCUGGCGGUGGCGGUGAGCAGUGGGCGCGUGCUGGUGGCCGUGGGGGGCUCGUUUGGCCCCGCACACCACCCCGCCUGCCGAGGCACGAGGGAUGGCACGAGGGAUGGCACGAGGGAUUGCACGAGGGAUGACACGAGGGAUGACACGAGGGAUGACACGCAUGAGGGAUGGCGAGAUGAGAGGUGCGUGCGUUCAUGGAAUGUGACACAUGGUUGCAUGAAAGCGCACUUCUCAUGGGGCUCGUGGUUCUGCUACUUCCACCGCAUUGCCUCGCCCGCCUGCCAGGCCGCUGCCCAGGCGACGCUCACAGACAAAGGGGAGGCCGAAAAGUCAGGGGGCGGAGAGGGCGGAGAGGGGGGGGAGGGCGGGGAGGGCGUGGCGGGGGGGUGCAGGCCGCUGGUGGAGGUGGGCAGUGCGGUGGCGUCAGAGACGCGUGUGGUGUGCGCCACGAUCCACGAGCGGGCGAAUGCAGCGGUGGAGUGCGGUGAUGGCGGGGUGAGCGCGGGGCCGGGUGGACGACACCCCGCUGAAGCUGCUGCCGAGUGCGUUGUGUGGCUGCUGGGGGGGGCGUGGCAGCAGGUGGUGGUGGGGGCGCAGAGGGGUCCAGAGCAUUGCACAGAGAAACAGCAGAAGGUGCAGUGGUGGCGGGCACAGGCGCUGCGCUUCAUGCUGCGCUGGCCCUCGCCCUACCUCUGCCAUCUGCUCAACCGCCACCGCGCCUACGGCAUGCGCGGCAUGGCCACGCACCACGCGGAGGGGGACGCCAUCCUCUCCUCGCUGCUGCUGCCGCCUAUCUCUGCGGCACCACUCAGUCAGCAGCAGGAGGGGCGCGAGCUGGCAGCGUUGAACUUCUCCGGGGCCCACACGGCGGAGGCGCAGGUGUGGCCGGGGCUGGGCUUCCAGGGGUGCGUGGCGCGCGGGCGCGGCAAUGUGAUGGCGACGCGGGGCACCCCCCUGGCGGACUACUUAGGGGCGGGGCGCGAGGCGUAUGUGCUGCGCCCCAUCGUUGCCUUGCACGUGGGGAGCACAGGGCAUGCUGGCAGACGGCGACGAGCAGAGAUGCCACACGUGCAGCGGUCGAACGGGGAUGAGCGGGGGGGUAAUGAGGAGGAACAAGGGAAUGAGGAGGGGGGGAGGAGUGCGCGGGAGGUGGAGAUGGAGAAGCUUGGGAAGAGGGAGCAGAUGGCGGUGGUGGCGGGUGUGUUCCACGCGUACAGCCUGAGGCAGCACGACCCCGACCUCCACCACGUGUGGCUCACCGCCCCUCCCUCCCAGGUGCGCUGGAGCAUCGAUGCAUGUGGUGCAAGGAGGCAUGGGGGCGUGUGGUGCAAGGAGGCAUGGGGGCGUGUGGUGCAACGAGGCAUGGGGGCAUGUGGUGCAAGGAGGCAUGGGGGCAUGUGGUGCAAGGAGGCAUGGGGGCGUGUGGUGCAAGGAGGCAUGGGGGUGUGUGGUGCAAGGAGGCAUGGGGGCGUGUGGUGCAAGGAGGCAUGGGGGCGUGUGGUGCAAGGAGGCAUGGGGGCGUGUGGUGCAAGGAGGCAUGGGGGCGUGUGGUGCAAGGAGGCCAGGUCCAAAUGCUGCACAUGCAUUCCUGCCCAACCUUCCACCAUGCAGGCCCACUUGGCAGCCUUUGACGACUGGACCUUCCUCUACUCCCAGCAUGACGACCACGGCCAAUCAGAGGCUGCCAGCAUGGCAGGCGAGGUGGGGUCGCAGCUGGCGAGUGUGCUGAUAGCGGCGGAGUCGGACUACUUUGUGGGCUCGCUGGCCUCGCACCACACCCGCCUCAUCCUCGCCUUGAGGGCCACCAACGGCCGCCUUGCUGCACCUGCUGCUCUCUUGAAUUAA